AUGCGGCGGUCGAAAAUCACUGCAUUCUACGUUUUGUACUACCUGACGUCGUUGACGCUCUGUUACGGUAACGUACUCCUUCGCCCGCUUGAAGUUAAGGGCUCGCUGAGGUGCAGAUCGAUGCCCGCCAUUGCGUCUAAAGUCCAGUUGAUUCGUAUAAGUACUGGUUACGGCUCCGGCGUCGUGAGGAAGGAAACGUCGGUUAGCUUGGAUGGUUCCUUCUCGCUCACAGCGGCGAUUUUUGACGCGAACCUCGGGCUGAGUGCUGUGAAAAUUAUCCACUACUGCGACUCUUCCGGGUGUGAGCGAAAUCUCUUUAUCAGAAUUCCUGACCAUUACUUGAACAACGACCAGAGCAGCGGCUCAUAUGGCCAGAGGGCCUUCGACAUCGGAACGCUAAACUUGGAAAUGCGCACUUUCGAAGACGCGAAAUGCCGAAAUUUUGACAUCUAUUAA